ACCAGUUUCCUUCUAUAUAAACCACAACUCUCAUCUACCAAUGACUCAACACAUUGCUAGCCAUUCAAUCCUUUCUUCCUCCACCUAUAUAUACAUUAUUCACAGACACUCACACACACUCAAGAACACUAACAGACACUUCCUACGUAUACAAGAGCUUGAUCGAUCCACAGUGCAGUUGAAUUAAUGGAGAACGGGCAUGUAAAUGGAGUGGCGACCGAGUUCUGCAUUAAAGAUCCCUUGAAUUGGGGAGUUGCAGCGGAGGCAUUGAAGGGGAGCCACCUUGAUGAGGUGAAGAGAAUGGUGCAGGAGUUCAGGAAGCCUGUUGUGAAGCUCGGAGGAGAGACGUUGACGGUGUCUCAGGUGGCGGGUAUUGCUGCUGCCGGUGAUAGCUCCACUGUGAAGGUGGAGCUUUCGGAGUCUGCUAGGGCUGGAGUGAAAGCGAGUAGUGAUUGGGUGAUGGAGAGCAUGAACAAAGGGACUGAUAGUUAUGGAGUCACCACCGGUUUUGGAGCCACCUCUCACCGGAGGACCAAGCAAGGCGGUGCUCUUCAGAAGGAGCUCAUUAGAUUUUUAAACGCCGGAAUCUUUGGCAACGGAACGGAAUCAAGCCACACCCUUCCGCAUUCAGCAACCAGAGCCGCCAUGCUCGUAAGAAUCAACACCCUCCUCCAGGGUUACUCCGGUAUCCGUUUUGAGAUACUGGAAGCCAUAACUAAGUUCCUCAACACCAACGUCACCCCAUGCUUACCCCUCCGAGGCACAAUCACCGCCUCCGGCGACCUUGUCCCAUUGUCUUACAUCGCCGGACUUCUCACCGGCCGCCCGAACUCCAAAGCAGUCGGCCCCAACGGUGAAAUCCUCAACGCCGAAAAAGCCUUCAACCUCGCCGGAGUUACCGGUGGGUUCUUCGAGCUACAACCUAAAGAAGGUCUAGCACUUGUUAAUGGAACCGCCGUCGGAUCUGGCAUGGCUUCCAUGGUCCUCUUCGAAGCUAAUGUGCUUGCAUUGUUAUCGGAAGUUUUGUCGGCUAUCUUCGCGGAGGUUAUGCAAAGGGAAACCAGAGUUUACCGAUCAUUUGACCCACAAACUGAAACAUCACCCUGGCCAGAUCGAAGCUGCAGCGAUAAUGGAAUACAUUUUGGACGGAAGUGA